AUGGCUACACAUUCAGUAACUGAGCUUGUGCAGGCAGUGAGGAGACCGAGGUCACUUAGUGAAUCGACAAAUCGUCCCUUUAGAAAGUCUGGAGGUGGCGGUAGGGGAGAGAAGGGUUAUUUAGAAAAGUCAAACUCAAAGCCAAGGCUACCUGAUAAUCCCAUUAUAUUUGCAUCCGACAGCUUCUUAGAGCUAGCGGAGUACAGCCGCGAAGAAAUAUUGGGAAGAAAUUGCAGAUUCCUUCAAGGACCUGAGACUGAUCCAGCAACUGUGAAAAAAAUAAGAGAGGCAAUUGACAACCAGACUGACGUGACUGUACAACUCAUCAAUUACACGAAAAGUGGCAAAAAGUUCUGGAAUGUCUUUCAUCUGCAGCCUAUGCGUGAUCAAAAGGGAGAAGUACAGUAUUUUAUUGGAGUACAACUUGAUGGCAGUCAGCACAUUGAGCCUCUGCAUAACUCUAUUCCUGAAGUUACAGUAAAAGAGAGUGAAAAACUGGUCAAAGAGACUGCAGUUAAUGUUGAUGAGGCAGCAAGAGAACUUCCAGAUGCCAAUAUGAAACCAGAAGAUUUAUGGAUGAAUCAUUCGAAGGUCGUUCAUCCAAAGCCUCAUAGACGGGACAGCCCCCCUUGGAGAGCUAUUCAAAAGAUUCUAGACAGUGGAGAACAGAUAGGAUUGAAACAUUUUAAGCCUAUAAAGCCCUUAGGAUCUGGUGAUACUGGCAGUGUGCAUUUGGUCCAAUUGUGUGGAACUGAUCAGUACUACGCCAUGAAGGCUAUGGAUAAGGGUAUCAUGCUCAAUAGGAACAAGGUAUUGGAUAGUUUGCUGACCAUUAAGUGCAAAUCAAUUUUUUUCAGUGGGAGAAAAAAGGAAAGCAGCAUAUACCCAGCAGCAUAUUGAUGAAGUCAGAAACGAGUGGGCAAAAUUUGUUGUUAAAACAUAUAUGUAAGCUUGUGGUUGGUGAUCGACUUAUUUUGGUAACCUUGAUUUUACAAGAUAUAUAGACAAUAUUAUUAUUACUUGCUAGAUUGAGGUAACUUUUG